AUGAAGUCAGCAUACGUCAUCAUAAUGAUGAUGAUAAUGAUCAUCAUUGAUGAUGGCUUGGUCAUAGAACCAAGCCAGCUAAUGGAGGAUAAUCCCUUUUUCAGAGCACAUCUCAUUUCCAAGUGGCUGUUGCGCUGCUGUUUGCCCCCACUCCUUCAGUGCGACAGACAGCCUCAGAGCUGGUGGGGAGACAGCGUGCCGCUGGAAAAAUUCAUAGACAUGGAAUUCCUGGAUCAAAUGAUACUAAGGGAGACUUGCCUGGAAGCAGACUUGUAUCCGCAGUGUACAAACUCAUCCUUUAGUGCGCACACUGGCCGGAUAACACAAACACACAUUUACUCCCACAGCACACAGACUCUUUCCACAGUACACACACUUGCCUUCCAGUACACAGACAUAUCCAGAGGCACACCGACAAGCACCACAGCAGAAAGAUUUUCCCCAGAACACACGGACACCCCACUCCCCGUAUCAUUAGACUCUCCCAGAGGCACAUAUGUACUCCUUCAUGCAGAGACUCACCUAAGGCACACUGACGCACCCCGCGUGACACAGACUUGCCCCCCCCACAUAAGGACUCUACUAUGACACACGGACAAUCCCAGCAUCAUGCACUGUUCCCACAUCACACGAACCCUUUCUAGGAAACACACAGCAUGCAGACUUACCCCAUAGAACGUGGCUUCCCCGACAAGCACACAUACUCUCAAGGCCAGUAGCCUCACCCCAGAGCACAUAGACUUUCUCCAGAGUAUACAGCUUCUUCCCACAGGAAACAGACUCUCCCCGGGGCACACAGACACCCCUGAGAUGACACACUCUCACCGCAGAUCCUAGACUCAUCUUAGAGCACAGGGACUCUUGCCAAGAAACAGACUUUCCCGAGAACAGACUCAUGAGACAGCUUGAAGACCCGCAUCGCAACGUAGACUCUCCCACAACAGACAGACUCACCCCAUUGUGUACA